GACACUGUGUACCGUCUCACCACUAAAGGGUUAAUAGAAGGAGUCAUCUCGGGUUAUAACGCCACCGUGUUCGCCUAUGGCCCCACGGGAUGUGGUAAGACGUACACUAUGCUGGGCACAGACCGGGAGCCUGGGAUAUAUAUCCGGACCUUGAAUGAUCUCUUUAAAGCCAUUGAGGAAACCAGCGAUGAUAUGGAGUAUGAAGUCCUCAUGUCCUACCUGGAGAUCUACAAUGAAAUGAUCCGAGACUUACUGAACCCAGCCCUGGGCUACCUGGAUCUACGAGAGGACUCAAAGGGAGUCAUUCAAGUAGCUGGAAUAACGGAGGUGUCCACCAUUAACGCCAAAGAGAUCAUGCAGCUGCUAAUGAAAGGGAACAAGCAAAGGACCCAGGAACCCACCGCGGCCAACAAGACCUCCUCCCGCUCCCACGCCAUCCUACAGGUCACAGUAAGGCAGAAGAGCCGGAUCAAGAACAUCACACAGGAGGUCCGCGUUGGGCGACUCUUCAUGAUAGACCUGGCUGGGUCAGAAAGGGCAUCCCAGACACAGAACCGGGGUCAGCGGAUGAAGGAGGGGGCUCACAUCAAUCGCUCCCUGCUGGCGCUAGGCAACUGUAUCAACGCCCUCAGCGAGCGAGGAGGCAAUAAGUACGUCAACUACCGAGACAGCAAGCUGACCAGACUCCUGAAGGACUCUCUGGGAGGGAAUAGCCGCACUGUGAUGAUCGCUCACAUCAGUCCGGCCAGCAGUGCCUUCGAGGAGUCCCGGAAUACUCUCACCUAUGCUGACCGUGCCAAAAAUAUCAAGACCCGGGUAAAGAGGAACCUUCUCAAUGUCUCCUAUCACAUCGCCCAGUACACCAGUAUCAUAUCCGACCUGAGGAACGAGAUCCAAAGACUCAAGGAGAAGAUUGAUGAGCAGGGCCUGAAGCAGACGAGGAAUGACCGCAGCGAUAUUCGCAACAUCCAAGCUGAGGUCCAGCUUCAUACCUUACCCUAUAACAGACGCGAGAUGGACCAGCUCAGGGAACAGCUGAUCAGGGCCUUUAGGGAACAAAUGGAUAUCCGCAAACAGCUGAUGGACCUGGAGAACAACCACAUGGAGAUCCAGAUGGAGACUUCCCGUCACUUCCUCAUCAUUGCUGACUGGGAGCAAGAAAAGUCACGUAGAGUCCGCAAGUGGCGAGAGGAGCUGAGGAGGGAAUCCUAUGGCAAAGACGACAGCGAGAAGGACUCGGACACUGGAGAUGACCAGUCUGACAUCAUGGAGCCUCCAGAGGUGAUGGCGGCCAGAGAGAAUGUUCAUGCGCUGGUGGUGGAUCAAAGCAAGUUACGCCGCCAGAAGGUGGAGUUGGAGAAGCGAUUUAAAGAAAUCCGGCAACGAGCAAGAAGACUGGAGGAAAUUUUACCGAAACGAAUCAGCUCGGAGGAGCAGAGGGAGGUCCUAAGCCUCUUGUGUAAAGUCCAUGAACUGGAGAUCGAAAAUACGGAGAUGCAGUCCCAUGCGUUGCUGAAAGACAACAUGAUUCGGCAGAAAAACUACAUGGUGCAGAAAUUUGAGCAGCAUCGGUGCCUAUGUGAUGAGAUCAUCAAGCAGCAGAGACGCAUCAUCACGGAUCACAACCUGACUGUUCCUCACCGGCUGGAGGACUUGUAUGAGCUUUACCUUCGGGAGCUGGAAGACGGCACUUUGGACCGAAUAACUUUAAUUGACCGAGCUUCUGUUAUGGCCCUAAAAGACAGCCAGAACUCUCUGCCAAAAAUUCCUCAGAUCACAGCGGAAGAGACUUCCCAGGAACCAGACUCAGACCAAGAGAGUGUCCAGACGUUUGGAUCAGACAACAGGAAUCUGAAUCGAAGAGAGUCUUACAGGAGAAUACUUCCACGACUACUAUCCGAGUCCGAGAGUGAUGCAAAUAAAGUAUUUAAAACCAGCCCCCGCGCCCGCCACUUUAAAAACUCCACAGUGGUGACUCCACCGCCAAUCCAUGUGAACGGGAUGGUCAGCAAGGAGUCCUUUCCACGUGACAAUCUAGUGAGAAGCACCCACAUCAACUCCUCCCCUGAUAACAACGACAAGGUGGCAUUAACACGAAAAGAGAAAAAAGAGAUUCUGAGCAGCAUUAAAAGUAUUUCGGUGAAGGCAGCCCGGAGACGUUCCCGGGUGAUUGAGGGUGACCGUCUGCAAAUACUCCAACCUAUGAAAGAGAGAAGCAACCUUUCUGUCCAUUCUUUGAGCGAGAGUGAGGACAAUCCCUUCAGAGAUCAGCAGAUACCCAGUUCUCCACUCCACCAUGCCACCAGUGAUGACAACCUGUCUACCAGCACUGGGGAGAUGGUAACUACCCUGAGAAGAGGAGGCAACCAACCCAGAGAUUCCCCCGGACUCUGGAACCAAGCACAAAAGAAAGGAGCCCAGAAGCUGGAGAAACGAGAGGAGUCUUUAGAAGUUAAACGUCGAAAGAAGAGGUCAAGGUCUUUUGAGGUCACCGGUCAAGGGCUGGUGCGACCGAAGAACCAUCCUUCUCGAAACAGAGCCCUCGAGAGCAACUCUGACCACAAGAUUCAGAGUAACAUCCCUCAAAACAUCAACAGCCGCGGGAAGAUUGUGCUUCCUAUAGCACAGGUCAAACUUCCUCAGAACCAAGCUGGAAACAUGGAUAAAGGUGGAGACCAGCAAGGAGCAGGAACCCAACACAACCAGCCUGGCAACACCAAGAAGCAAAUCCCCACCAACCAGCGGCCACGAUUUAACUACAACACUGGAAACGCUGGUGGCAUAAAUGGGAAGGAGAUACGGGUACGCAAAUAUUAACAGCGCUGGAACGUUCCAACCAGGCCAAGCAAGUUGUCCCAAUACAAGUUUUUUUGCUUUGACGUAGCAACAUUUUUGACCACUGAACUUUUUCGUCCCCAGUAAUGGACGUUUCGUAUUCCAGAAGGUAUUUUCACCAUUCCUUACCCUGAGAACUGUAUUACGUCUCUUGUUUUCUGCUAUGGGGAUAACAAUUACCGAAAUACCUACUGUGAACCCACUUGGGCACCAGUGGAGACUCCUACUUGCUGCUAUGUAGAAUUGACCGACUGUUCUGUUCCAUAGAGUGCCUGCUUCUCAUUGGAUCUCCGUAAUAUUCAGACCCUUUUUAAGAUUCAUCCUUUGUAGAUUUCUUGUAAAAUUUGUUGACUUUUUGGAUUAUCACUGGACUGUUCCCGACUGCUGUAUUCCGCCAGCGGAGAGUUAACCAGGGAAAUGGCAUAGACCUUUUACUAUUGGAGCCAACGGGCAUUACGGUAUUAUUAAAUCAUGCCUAUGUGUUGGAGGACACAUGAUCCCGGGAAAAUGCUGCCGAGCAUCUCAAAUAUAUGCAACGGAGUCAGGCCUGAGGAGAUGGCAAGUGAACUAUUGGUUAUAAUGGGGGCAACCAUUGGCUUAAAGGGGUACUCCGCCCCUGGCAUCUUAUCCCUUAUCCAAAGGAUAGGGGAUAAGAUGUUAGAUCGCCGCGGUCCCGCUGCUGGGGACCCCGGGGAUCGACGCUGUGGCACCCCGCUAUCAUUACUGCACAGAGCGAGUUUGCUCUGUGCGUAAUGACGGGCGAUACAGGGGCCGGAGCAGCGUGAAGUCAUGGCUCCGCCCCUCAUGACAUCACGGCCCGUCCCCUUAAUGCAAGUCUAUGGCAGGGGGCGUGACGACCGCCACACCCCCUCCCAUAGACUUGUAUUGACGGGGGCGGGG